GGCGCAGCCCGCGCCAAGCGGGGACCCUCUGCCUCCCAGGAACGGCAGCCGUGCAGGACCGAGGAAAAGAGAUCCCGCUGCGCCGGCAAGGCAGGAGCCUGGAACUUCAGUUUAUAUCUCUUCACCUACUACAGCAUCCUCAUCCUGGGAAAGAAGCUUUCAUAGUAUGAAAUGUGAAGCAUCCAAUGGAGUCAUGUGUUUUAAUGGAGGUGAAUGUGUGCACAGAGAGUUUUGUGACUGCAGUCGAUUUAAUGCAAGUGGAUCAAGAUGCCAGACAGUGCACAACACAGGUGCUGAAAGGGAUAACAUAUGCCGAACAUGGGGCCAAUACCAUUUUGAAACCUUUGAUGGGCUCUACUAUUAUUUCUCCGGGAAAUCCACAUAUGUACUUGUGAGACAGAAUGAAAUAGAUGAACAGAGUUUCUCUAUACAGGUUAAUAAUGAUCCAGAAUGCAAAGCUUCACCCUAUUCCUGCAAAAGGUCUGUUAGCCUAUUUUUUUCUGGAGAUGAAGAAAUAAUGUUGAGCAGUGAGGUCAUCUACAAAGGAUUUGGAGUUCAGUUACCUCGUGCUAUAGGAAAUGUACAUAUCCAAAAACUAGCUGGAUACAUCCUAGUUAGACACCGGUAUGCAUUCACUCUGGCUUGGGAUGGUACAUCUGCAGUCUAUAUAAAGUUGACACCAGACUACUUGGGCAAAACACAUGGGUUAUGUGGAAACAACAAUGCUAUACUGCAGGAUGAGCUUGAGACUAGUUAUGGAAAAUUGACUGAAGACAUUGCAGAGUUUGUAGAGAGCUGGAGGGAAAAUCGUCCACAGGGCUCACCCAACUGGGAUAAGUCUUUUAACUAUGAGCCACCAUGUCUGACCGAAAGCCAAGACUCUUUACAGAAGGCAUAUGCUCUGUGUAAUACGCUACUAUGGCCCCCAUUUGAACAAUGUAAUGAUUAUGUGAGUCCUCUUCCUUUCAUGGCCAGUUGCACCAAUGACCUCUGCAUGUCAGCAGCUGAUAAUGCAACAUGGUGUCGAGCAUUAACUGAAUAUGCCAGGACCUGUGCUCAAGCAGGAAAACCCCUUCAUGGAUGGCGGACGCACUUUCAGCAAUGUGUUAUUACCUGUGAAGAACAUUUAAUCUACAAUGAAUGUAUCGACUGUUGCCCGGUUUCAUGUCAGCAAAAAACACAGUGUAUUGACAGUGAACUUCCCUGUGUCGAUGGAUGCUACUGUCCAGAUGGUCUUAUUUAUGAAAAUGAAUUAUGUGUCAAGCCUACAGAAUGUCCAUGUGAUUAUCAUGGAAAUUCCUAUAGAACGGGUUCUGUGGUUCAUGAGGAGUGCAACAAUUGUACUUGUAUUGGAGGAAAGUGGACCUGCACAAAUCUUACCUGUCCAGCUGAGUGCUCUGUCUCAGGAGACAUUAACUUCAUGACAUUUGAUGGGCGCAAAUACACUUUCCAAGCUACCUGCCAAUAUAUUCUGGCAAAAAGCCACAGAUCUGGCGAGUUUACAGUGUCUCUGCAAAAUGCUCCUUGUGGACCGAACCAAGAUGGAUCAUGUAUCAAAUCAGUCAAUCUGAUUCUGAAUCAGGAUCCCAAGAGGCAAGUGACUAUGACUCAUUCAGGAGAUGUUUUGAUAUAUGAUCAGUACAAAAUUAGCCUGCCCUAUUCGGAUGAUUCUUUUGAAAUCAGGAAGCUCUCCUCUGUAUUUUUGCAAGUUAAGACCAACAUUGGACUACAGAUACUGUAUGACAGGCAGGGGCUAAGGCUCUAUCUUCAAGUUGACGACCGAUGGAAGGAUGAUACUGUGGGCCUUUGUGGAACCUUCAAUGGGAACAUGCAGGAUGACUUUUUAUCUCCAGUAGGAGUACCUGAAAGCACCCCGCAACUGUUUGGAAACUCCUGGAAAACUUCAUCGGCAUGUGCUCCUGGGUAUGACCAUUCACCAAUGGACCCAUGUGAUAUCCACUUACAGGCAGCCUCUUAUGCAGCAGAAGCUUGUAGCAUCGUUACAAAAGAACUCUUUGCUCCUUGCCACACCUAUCUGAGUCCUGUUUCCUAUUUUGAGCAGUGCAGAAGGGACACCUGCAAAUGUGGCCAGAUUUGUUUGUGCUCUGCUUUAGCCAAUUAUGCUCAUCAAUGCCGAAGACAUGGAGUGAUAAUAGAUUUUAGGUCUAGCAUCCCAGACUGUGCUCUUUCAUGUGAAGACACAAAGGAGUACAGUACCUGUGUAUCUACCUGUGGCCAAACUUGCCAAACAUUUUCUAUGCCAGAGACGUGCAGCGGUGAUUGUGUUGAAGGUUGUGCUUGUCCUCUUGGAACGUAUUUGAACAGCAAGACUGAAAGAUGUGUGCAGAGGAAUGAGUGCCCUUGUUAUUUUCAAGGAUUUGAAUAUCCACCAGGAGAAAAUAUUAUCACCUCUUUGGGCAAAUGCCAUUGCAAAGAUGGAAUGAUGAGUUGUGAGAACAACAUUGUACACAACUGCCCAGCGGGCCAGAUUUAUGUUAACUGUAGUAAUCCACAAGCUAACAUGGAGUUUAGCAGAGAGAGAACCUGUGAGAAUCAGCUGCUAAAUCUCACCUUCUCAGCACAUCUUCCUUGUCUUUCAGGAUGUGUUUGUGCACAAGGCCUUGUUAAACAUGGUGAUGCAUGCUUUGAGCCAGAUGAAUGCCCGUGUUCAUGGAAAGGAAAGGAGUACUUCCCAGGUGACAAAGUCAUUUCUUCCUGUCAUACCUGUAUCUGCCAGCACGGGUCAUUUCAAUGCACCUUCCAUCCCUGCCCAUCAAUGUGUACUGCAUAUGGGGAUCGGCAUUACAGGACAUUUGAUGGACUCGCAUUUGACUUCAUUGGAGCUUGUAAGGUUCAUCUAGUUAAGAGCACUUCAAUUGCUAGUUUUUCAGUCAUUACAGAAAACGUUAACUGCUUUAAUACUGGAAUAAUUUGCAGAAAGUAUAUUUCCAUUAAUGUAGGAAAAUCUUUUAUAACAUUUGAUGAUGACACUGGAAAUCCAGGUGAACUGACUGGAUUAUGUGGAAAUUUUGACAUGAAAACAAUAAAUGAAAUGAGGACUCCAGAAAAUUUUGAGUUAACAAACUCUCAAGAGUUUGGAAGUAGCUGGUCAGCUGUAGAGUGUGUUGACAACUCUGACAUUCGAAAUCCAUGCAGUUUGAACCAACUUAGAGAGCCAUUUGCCAAGAAAGAAUGUGGGAUACUGUUAAGUGAAAUGUUUGAAGCUUGCCAUCCAGUGGUUGACGUCACCUGGUUUUAUUCAAACUGCUUGACAGACACAUGUGGUUGUAACCAAGGAGGUGAUUGUGAAUGUUUCUGUACAAGUGUAUCGGCAUAUGCACAUCAGUGCUGUCAGCAUGGAGUCGUAGUAGACUGGAGGUCCCCCAGAGUGUGUCCAUAUGACUGUGAAUAUUUCAAUAAAGUUCUGGGAAAGGGUCCCUACAAACUGGUCAGCUACUUGGAUGGAGAAGUUGCAAUGGCAGCCAAACUGUUGGGUGGCUAUGUUUUCCCAGUGAGAGCAGAAGAUUUUGUUCCGGGAGAUGUUGUGAGCUUUAUGUUGACUUCAGGAUGGUAUAAACCCAAAGCACAUGAUCCCAACUUGGUUUCAUUUGAAGCAGCUGACCGACCAAAUUAUUUUCUUCAUUUGGCUCCCAAUGAUACCCUGCUUCUUUCCAGAUGGGAAGAAAGUGAAGAGUUCCAUAACAGAUCAACCUUUGCCAUCCACAAGAACACAUGGCUCCCAGGAUACAGUUCCUUUGAGUCAUUUGCAAAGCCAGGAUUCUUCAUCCACAUUUCAGCUUCUUCUGUUGAUCUUUUGAAAUAUAAGCAUUCAGAGAAAUUCAGACUGUCGACUCUUUUUAAACUUGUAGAUGCCAAAUUUAAGUUUCCAGUCCAUUCUACAUGUGAGUGGCGUUAUGAUGCCUGUACAAGCCCUUGUUUCAAAACAUGCAGAAACCCUUUGGGACAAAACUGUCAGGAUAUACCAAAAGUGGAAGGAUGUGUCCCCAUGUGUCCUCACCAUAUGGUGUUGGAUGAAGUCACUCAAAGAUGCGUGUAUUUUGAAGAUUGCAUUGAGCCUUCAGUUGAUGUUCGACCUUCACCGUCCACUAUGAGAACACCAACUUUUUCACAUGUAACUUCCAGUUCUUUCAGUGUCUCAGUUGCAGCAGUUCUGAGUAAAGUAGUAACUUCAUCUCCUAUACCUGAAACAAAAGACACAAAAAUAUCACCAAAUGUUUCGGCAUAUUCAGCUGGAGCUACAUCAUCUGGCAAAAGCACUAUUGCAAUGUCUGUGUCACCAAAAUCUAAUAUAAGCUUCCCUUCGGUACUUGAUGUUUUUCCAUUGACAACUCCUGCCACUACAGAAAUCUCUACAGGUAUACAAGCAAUGAGUAAUACCACUGCUAAGGUAUUGAGUGCUACAGAGCCUGAAACUGUAACUACAACACAUGCAAUGACUGAAAUCACUGAAACAGAAGACAAACCAACUUCUACUUUUAUUUUAACUGGGACAUCAUCAAUAAUAAGAGUAACAGAAUCACCAGUCACAACUACUGCAAUAUCGGAAACAUCAGAAAUAGGGAUACGUCCCACAGUGGAAACAAAACUAAAAUCAGAAAAAACUAUAGCCCCUUACUUGGUAUCAGCCACAGAACAAACCACCACAUAUUUCACCAAAUACACUAUGUCACCUUCUUUGGAAACCUCUUCUUAUGCACCAACAACAAAUCAAACAAGAACUUCAGAAGGAACAAAACCAAGUACUGAACAAACUUCUUUCAUAAUAGCUAAUGUCACUGAAAUUUCAUUUUCUCCUCUGAUUACUACAUUAUUUACACUGAAGCCACGAAUGACUUCAGAAACAACAAAAGGAACAGUUGCUUUAACCAAAGAAGAAAUAAAGACCACGUUUUCCCCGCUAUCUACACACCCUGUUCCAUUAUUACAUGUAACACUGUCAGUUACUGAAACUCCUACAUAUAUGGUUCAAAACUUGACAGGUAGUGCAGGGGUAUUCCUUGCCACAACUCAUGGUGCAAAGAUAGCAACUCUGCAAACUAAAGAGAUGUCACCGUUGUUGUCGUCAUCAACCUCAGGAAUAACUGGCUUCCUAUUUACAACUGAUGAAAAAGAAAUAAUACAAGCAACCACAAGUGUGGAGCAGCCAUCAAGUUCAUAUUUUUCUCCAUAUUCACUGUAUUCUAGUUCAACUACAACUGCAAAACCCAGCACUCUUCCUACGAAAAGGCCUUCAUUGUCCGAUAUAAGUGCUGCUUCUCCAGCUUUAGCAGAAUCAAAAGAAACUUUGCAAACAGCAUCAGCUACUGAAUAUACACCAUUCAUACUUCUAAAUAUGACAGAACCCCUGACUACUUUAUACACUAAAUAUCCUGUUUCAUCUCCUACUGCCAGAGCUAUUCCUUUGUCCACAAAAGUAACAUCUAAAAUAAUAGGCCCCUAUGAAUUAUCAGCAAAGCCAACUACAUUCUCACAAAGAACAUCUACUGAAUACAAAUCACCUCUAUUUCUUAAUACAACAAAGAUGAGCAUUGCACCCUACACUAUUAGAAUGACAUCAGCAACAAAAACAUCUGCUUUAGCAAAAGAGAUCAUGGAUUUGGUCCCUACAAUUCCACUGGUAACUAAACAAUUGGAAACAAUGCAAACAACAUUCAUCACUGAAUCUCCAUAUACUCUUCUUAAUGAGACUGAAACAACAAGGAUCAUUGUCCAUCCAGAUGAAGCACAAACAGAAAAAAUUACUAGUGUACAUACCAGAAAGCCAGCUACAUUUUCAUCACCACCAGCAAGCUCACAACCACCUUUCACUACUCUGCUUCCACUCUCCACAUUUAGAAAAGAGAUAUCAACGACAGCCACUAGUUCUAUGCACACAUCAUCUGAAGCUACUGUUACAACGACCAUAACUUUAUACCCAAGAACAUCAGCAGUAAAAUCUACUUUUUCAACAGAAGGAAAGACUCCCCAUUUGACUGCCUCAACCAUAUCCACUAUAGAAGAACAACCAAGUUCAUUAACAUCACCAUCACCUGCAGAACUGCCAGCAAAAGUCACUUUGAAUAUUACUGAUGCCACACUAUCCCCAUACUCUGAAUUCAGCAGCAGACUAAUAACUAGUAAAAAAGUGACAGCAGUCAAAGAAAAGUCAACUGUGCCCACUUCUGUUACACCUCCAUUAACAAAGUCAUCUCACAUAUUCCCUACCGCUCAGUAUCUGGCAGGGACAACAGUUUCCCCAUACACUUUAUCACAAAAAAUACCUAAGGAGCCAGCCACUACAAAGCACCCAGUACAGACUGAAACAGUUUCCACAGUCUCAAAGCCUGCAGUUAAAACCAUCGUAGAAACAGUAAAACAAACAGCAUCUACAACUCAAAUAUCAUUAAUCAAAGAUUAUGCCUCCUUUGCUACAACUUCAGUAGGUACUUCCUCUGUUCAGUCUUCAUCAGCAGUGAUGGUUUCUCCACAGAUCAGAGAGGAAUCUGCUAUACCACGUUUCACUACCAAAUUGACAAUAGAACAUAUUCCUUCAACUCCCAUACCUUAUUUGGAAAGCAAAAAAAGUACCACAAUUUACCAGCCUCCAACAGAAAUUUUGACCACCACUAUUCAUCCAAAAGCUGUCUUUACUACAACAGAAUCUAUAGGAGAAUUCACCACCUUGUACCCAUUCCUAACUACCUCCCAACCUGCAGUGGCUCUUUCAACGUUAUCUCUUACCUCAGUAGUUCCAGCUGAAGUUCUUUUGACUACUGAAAAAGAGUCAUCCUUAACUGAUACUGUCUUACAGACUUACAUACUGGGAACUGCCUCAGCUUUGCAGACAAACCUCCCAACUUCAACCAGAAAAAAAAUGGAUUUGACUGUCAGCACAAGACCGCUCUCUUUUUCAUCAAAAGUAAUUACAACUUCAUCACCAUUAGCUACAAUGAAAAAAGAAUUUCCUACCCAAAAGUCAGAUUCCAGUUUUGAAUCCACAAAGCAGACAGCAGUUACUGAACCAAUAGUUUCUAGUCAGACACCUACAGUCUCUAUAGCCAUAUUUCCUUUAUCAAAGUUAACAUCUCCAUCACUUAUUCUACCAGAAACAUCAGAAACUCCCAUCACAAUGGAGGAGGAGUCAUUAGCAGGUGCCCUUUUAACACCAGUGAUCUCAACAGCAUCUACGUCAAUGGGCAAAAGUGCUACAGAGAAGACUGUGGUGUUGUCUAAGUAUGUGCCACUUUCAACUACUUCCUACAGUUCCAUAUUCCAACCAGGAACAGUGUUACCAGCUACCACACGUUCUUCGACUACAGCCAUUGUUCUAGCACCUCCAUCAGUAAGUAGUGUAACAGCAGAAAACAUCACUACAACAUCAGCUACUUCAGGGAAAACAGCAGCAAUAAGAGAAGCCCUCACCACCUCAUUGUUUCCGGGGAAACCCAUUUAUUUUUCUGUUGCUUCAGAAACAGAAAAAGCCAUCGCCUCUGAAACAGCAGAGCCUGCAGGGCCGGUACUGGUUACAAAACCACAGUCUCUUUAUACGCCAGGCAUCACAGAUUUGAUUACCCCCACCUUAAAAACAACACAGACGUUUCAUUCUCCAUAUUUCACAAAUAUAACUGCUAUGCCUCCUAAACUAGGUGUAUCGGUUUUGUCCACCAUAUAUUCAUCCUCUGAGCAAAAAACUGCCUCUUCUAGUGCUGCAUCAUCAGGCACUAUUCAAACUCCAAAACUUGGAACACUGUCUGUAACUGAGGUCCACACACCCUCAAAGAGUCCGUUGUUAAUGAUGCCAACCCACUCAAAUGCUACAAUGGCUGCAUCAGUUCCUUCAUUUGCCUAUUUAUCUACCAAACCACUUUAUGAGUCUGCUACAGAGUAUUCUGGUGGACUAACAACAGCUGAAGGUAUCUCGGGAGUCACAGCAUCAGUUUUCAUGCCAGCUAGAGAAACAGCAACGCUCCAAACUUGUGUACCAAUUACAGAGAAUGAGUGCAUAAAACAGAUUUGCUUGGAUGGACAACUAAUCCAAGUUAACAAGUCACAGAACUGCCCUUACAAUGCAACUCAGCCCAGCUGUGGAGUUCUAGGGCUCGCUAUUCAGAUCAAUGGUGACAAAUGCUGCCCAAAAUGGGAAUGUGCAUGUCGUUGCACACUUUUCUCUGAUCUGAGCUUUGUAACCUUUGAUGGGAAUCAUUUGGCUUUAUUUAAAGAGGCAGCCUACAUUAUUAGCCAAGUUCAAGAUGAAACUAUAACCAUCCAUAUCCUUGACUGCCGAAAUACCAACAUGGGUCACUUAAACUUGACUUCACUGUGCCUGGCAAUGCUGAAUUUAACAUAUUUGUCAAACCAAAUCAUCAUUGAUCGUUUAAACAGAAAAAUAACUGUAAAUUCAAGAUAUGCCUGGCCUACAGUUAGAAAAUAUGGAUUUAAAAUUGAGGACACUGGCUUCAUGUAUGUAAUUGAAACACCAACAAAUAUCAGGAUUCAGUGGUUUCACAGCACUGGUAUGAUGAUCAUAGAGUCAAAUACAACCAGUGAACCAAAAGUCUUGGGACUAUGUGGUUUCUGUGAUGGAAGCUCAGCAAAUGACCUGAUGCUACCCAACAGAACAGUUUUAAGCAAAACUGAUGCUCCAUCGAAUUUUAUAGACAGCUGGCAGGUGCCAAGCACAUUAAAGUAUGUUGGAGAGGACAGGUACCAGGAAACUAAUUGUUCAGUCAUGGACUGUUCCAGAUGUUUCAGCUUGGUGUUGAAUCAGACCUUCAGUAGCUGUCAUCCUUAUGUUCCACCUGAAUUAUUCUGUGACCUGUGGGUUCAAGAUGUGGAAUACUUUCGGAAUCCUUGUGUAGCACUGGCUGCCUAUGUGGCCAUGUGUAACAAAUUUAAUAUCUGCAUAAAGUGGAGAAGUUCAGAUUACUGCUCCUUUCCCUGCUCAGAAGACACCUCAUACCAGGCUUGUAUAGCUGCCUGUGACAUUCCAAGAACUUGUCAGAAUGGUGAAUCCACUCCUCAGGAUUCAGAGUCCUGCUCAGUGCUGACAGAGGGCUGUGUCUGUUCUGAGGGGACCAUUCUUCACCGUGCUCACUCCACUCUCUGCAUUCCAGAAGAGAAGUGUGCUUGCACAGACCGUUCGGGAGCACCCUACGCAGUAGGGGAGAUUUGGAAAACCUCCCUUAGCGGAUGCUGCAUGCACAGAUGUGUUGACAACGAGACCAUUAUUCCUGUGGAAUACAACUGCUCAGAUAUUCACGACUUAGACUGUCAGCGCUUUGGGGAAGUGGCUCUGAUUGUUCCUGAUGAUCAGACCUGUUGUCCUCAAAAGAUAUGUAUUUGUAAUCAAAGCAUUUGUGAAUCCUUUAUCCCUGAAUGUAAGGGCCUGGAAAAGCUAGUCACUUACUAUCGUGAAGAUUCCUGUUGUCCCAAUUACACUUGUGAAUGUGAUCCAUCCAAGUGUGAACCAAUGGAGCAGAGUCAGAACUGCCGAGAAGACCAAACUCUGAUUGCUGCUCGUGUGGAAGGGACCUGCUGCAUAUCUUAUAUAUGUGCAUGUGGGGUUUGCUCUGAUCAGAUACCGAAAUGCCAGGAAGGAGAAGUGCUUACCGUGGAUGGCAACACUACAGAUAGAUGUUGCCCUGCAUACCAGUGUGUUUGUGAAACUUAUCGUUGCCAUGAAUUCCAGUGUGCACUAGGGAUGUCUUUGGUGGAAGUUUGGAGCCCAGAAAAGUGUUGUCCGUAUCGUACAUGUGAGUGUGCAUGUGAUACAAUCGCUAAACCUCAGUGCAAACUGGGAGAGAAACUGCAGAUAGAUGAACAGUUUCAAAACAGCACAGAAAAUGUUUGUGGCUGUACUAAGUACAAGUGUGUGAGAGACAAGGUGUGUCUGAGUAACGAGAGAGGAGUACUGCGUCCUGGACAGACAAUUGUGGAACACACACCUGGUGGCAUUUGCUAUACUGCUUAUUGCACAAACAUGAUUGAUCCCUCCACCAAAUACUAUCGGAUAAAUAUCUCCUGGACAAACUGUGUCAUCAAGUGUGAAGCUAAUCAAGUAUAUGAGCCUCCAAAAGAUUUAACAACCUGCUGUGGUCACUGUAAGAAUGUAUCUUGUCUCCACACUUUCAGCAAUGGGACAGUCUCCAAUUUUAAGCCCGGUAUUACUUGGAUUUCAAACUGUGUCAAGUAUGACUGCACAACCACAGCAGUAGGACCAGUUUUAAUUACAUCUUCCAUCAGCUGCCCGCCCUUUAAUGAAACUCAGUGUGUGAAGAUUGGAGGUUACGCUGUGCCCUUUCUAGAGGGAUGCUGCAAAACAUGUAAGGAAGAUGGGAAAUUUUGUAAAAAGGUGACUGUUAGGAUGACUAUCCGCAAGAAUGACUGCAGAAGUAACACACCAGUAAACAUUGUUUCAUGUGAUGGAAAAUGCCCUUCUGCUAGCAUUUAUAACUACAACAUCAACACAUAUGCAAGAUUCUGCAAAUGCUGCAGGGAACUUGGGUUACAAAGACGAACUGUGCAAUUGUACUGCAGUGGCAACUCAACAUGGGUCAACUAUUCAAUCCAAGAACCUACCGACUGUUCUUGCCAAUGGUCUUGAAACAACAUUUCAUAAAAAAGCAGCCAGUGAGUCCAACUAUGAAAGAUAUACAAUUAUUCUCAGUAUGAUAAAGAUAUUUUUUAUAUCUUGUUCUUAGAAAAUACAGUUAUCCAUCCACUGAAUAGUAUCAUUGUUUAAUAUUAAAAAAACACAGCUAUUUUGAACUCUUCUAAAUUUUGAAAGAAAGGAUUUGCAUCACCCAUUUCAAGUUAUCUUAAUGUUCACUUCACAAGAGUUCUCGUGAUAUGUGCCAACAUAAAAAGGAAAGGGAUUUCCUUUGAAAGAGACAAUCGGAGGAAUAAUGCUUUAUAUUUUAUUUCUGGAGGUUUGAUCCGUUCUUUGAAAGCCACCCAGUGGUAUUUUACAUACUUGAUACAUAAGAUGAUCUGGCAGUGGUCUAAGACCUUGAAUGUGUUACAAUAGUGAAAACACACUUGAUGCAUAUGAAAGAAAAUUACAUGGAAAAUAAUAGAAGAAUAUCCAGUUAGAAUCAAAUUGAUAUUGCAAAAUAAGGCACUCAUGAGGAAUUAAAUUAUAGACAUUUUUACCAGAGAAACAUUUUCAAUACUGAUAAUUGUAUAUAAUAUUCCCUGGUAAUAAGUUUGAUUUUUCCAAUGUAUUUUACAUCAUAGUGUAAAACCAUUAUGUCAAAUGUGUAAUGUGUAGGAAAUAUAGAUUUUUUUUCUUUUAGGUUAUCCAGAUUAGAUAUUGGUAAUAGAUUUAUCCAACAUAUAAACUGUAUGAUGUAAACUGAAAACAUACAAGUUUGUCAAGUGAAAAACACAUUUCCCAUUAUAGUUAUAUAGAUGCACUUUAUCUAAACAAACCCUUGCCUUCUAAAGUGUACCACAUGUUAAAUAUGACUUGGACUGUUUGUUUAGGAGAAUGAACUUUACUUUGAACCUUAACUUUUUAAAGAACAUGUUAAAUUAUUUUCAUAAAGACAAAAGAAAAUCAAAAUUCUAUUUGGUCUCAUGUAUAUUUUAAUAAAAAGAAAUAGUUAAAUCAAUAAAAAUUGUAACCUCCUAUGUCCAAUGAAUGUUUUAUGUCGCAAAAUGUUCAAAUUGUAAAGUACAGUGUUCACAAACAAAGUUACUUUUUAAACUUGCAACAACUGACCAUAUUAUGAAACCAAAUAUUUUGUUAACUAACCCUCACCACAACCAUGCCAUAUGAAUGCAGCAAAAUUCCAAUUACUUUAAUUUUAAGGAGUAGAGUUAUAUGAGCAUCUAAGAUUUUAAACUUAGGAACCUAAAAAAUAGAAGUGUAUUGUUGCAUAAUACGUUGUAAAAAGCUGGGGUGUUUUUUUUCAGUUAAUCCAAA